GUUUGGAAUAGUUUAUUAGAUUCCAUGGCUUUGUUAUCGUUUGUUGAUGACCAGUGUUGUUUUGGGAAACCUUGUCUUUUAAAAAAGCAAUUCCAUAAAACCUUGUGGACACGAAAAGCAAGUUGCACUUUGCGUAGAGUUGAUAAAGUCAAGUUGUUUUAUUACUGUUGUGGCUGUGGUUGUAUUCCAAGUGGAUCCCGUCCUCUUGUUUCAGUGGUCGUUUCCCAAUUGGACACUUGGAAGUCUUCCCAUAAGUGUACAGAAGAUAGAAAUCAAAGUAAUAAUCGAUUGGAAAGGAAUACUUUACUGGAGAAAUGGAAGGCAACUCUCAAGCGUAUAGUCUUUGCGAUUGUUCUAUGUUUAUCAGUGGCGCCUUUUCAAACUACUAUGACAUACGCAGCUCCCCUUAGGCAGUCGAGGUCAUUCAUCCAUACCAGAAACACUCAUGCUAAGAAUAAUACUCCUUUUUCAGUUUGGUCUUGGAGAUAUUCACAGUUACUGAAAGCAGUGAAACAAGGGCAAGUGUUGAGAGUAAUUUUUUCAGCUGAUCAGUCACAGUUGAUAGCCAUUACGAAAGAUGGUGGAAGAUACAAGUUACGUGCACUACCACCACAUUCUUCCAAUCUGAUUGCUUAUCUUUCUAAACACAAGGUGGAUAUCGUUAUCCUUCCAAAGUAUAAGGAGAGUGGACUCGUUUAUUUUCUCAAAGGUCUCCUAUUUCCGAUACCUUUUGUUCUAUUGCUUUAUUUUUUACAAAAGUCGUUGUUAGGUGGUUCUUUGGCUCCAUUUGAUCUUCAAAAAGCCAACGCACGAGUUUCAUUACGAAUGCUUGUCGGUGUAACAUUUCAGGAUGUAGCAGGUUAUGAUAGUGUAAAAGUAGAACUUCAAGAAGUAGUUGAAUUUGUUCGCAAUCCAGAAAUAUUCUCACAAGUUGGUGCAAAAGUGCCUAGAGGCGUCAUUUUGGAGGGUCCUCCUGGAACUGGAAAGACUUUGUUGGCCAGAGCAGUUGCAGGUGAAGCUGGAGUUGCUUUCUUUUCUAUUGCAGGUUCAGAAUUUGUAGAAAUGUUUGUUGGAGUUGGUGCUAGUCGUGUUCGUGACUUAUUUGCGCAAGCCAAAAAGAAUGCUCCGUGUAUUAUUUUUAUUGAUGAAAUAGACGCGGUAGGUAGACAACGAGGUGCAGGAGUUGCUGGAGGGAAUGAUGAAAGAGAACAAACUCUGAAUCAGUUAUUGACGGAAAUGGAUGGGUUUGAUGAGAAUAAAGGUAUUAUAGUAUUAGCUGCAACCAAUCGAUCGGAUGUGUUGGAUAGAGCCUUGUUAAGAGCAGGUCGUUUUGAUAGGCGAAUUAUGAUUGAGUUUCCAGAUAUGAAUACAAGAACUGCUAUUUUAAAAGUUCAUGCAAGAGGAAAAGCUUUGGAUAGUUUUAUUCAUUUAGAAAAGAUUGCAAGAAGAACACCAGGAUUUUCAGGUGCAUCUCUUCAAAAUUUAAUGAAUGAAGCAGCUAUUCUGGCAGCACGUCGAGAACAUCAACUUAUUAUGGAAGAAGAUUUGGAGGAUGCUUUGGAUCGAAUUCUGUUAGGGCCUGAAAAGAAGCAAUUUACUUUUAAUGAUUAUUACAAACGUUUGGUUUCUUAUCACGAGGCUGGACAUGCCUUAGUAGGAGCGUUAUCUCCCAAUUAUGAUCAGGUUCUGAAAAUAUCUAUCAUUCCUAGAGGUUCUGCUGGAGGAUUAACAUUCUUUAGUCCUAUCGAUGAAAGUAGAAUAGAGACUGGUUUAUAUUCGAGACAAUAUUUGGAGAGCCAACUAGCUGUUGGUUUAGGAGGUCGAAUUGCUGAGGAAAUUGUUUUUGGAGAAGAUCAAGUCACUACAGGAGCAGCUAAUGAUUUUCAACAUGUGACUAACAUUGCACGUCAGAUGGUCACCAAGUUUGGGAUGUCUUCAGUACUUGGUCCUAUGUUUGUGGAUCAGUCUUCUAAUAGUCAUCCAUUUUUAGGAAGAGAGUUUGCUUUGAGAAAUAAUGUUUAUUUAAGUGGGGAAACAAAAUUAUGGAUAGACCAAGAAGUAACUCGUUUGGUUGAACAAGCUUAUCAAAGAGCCAGAAAUGUUCUCGAAAGCAAUCGACAUGUAUUGGACAAAUUGGCAAAUAUGUUAAUAGAGAAGGAAACUGUUAGUAGUGAAGAGUUACAAAUGUUGCUUUCAGAAAAUGAUGUUUUCUUGAUGGACUAUGAAGAACUUGUACAGGACCAAAAGGAAAUAUCCAACAAUUGUAGUAGCAAUAUUUGGCAAAAAUAUGAUUUUACGCAAUCUAUUCUAGAAAAUGGUAAUAUACAUUCCAAGAUAGAGAAUGUAAACUGACUGAUAAUAUAUUCUCAUUGUACAUG